CAGAGAGAAAGGAGAGGUAAAAAUGUUGUGCAUCAGCUCUCCGUAACCUUGGAAGAUUUAUAUAAUGGUGCAACAAGAAAACUGGCUCUGCAAAAGAAUGUGAUUUGUGACAAGUGUGAAGGCCGAGGUGGUAAAAAAGGAGCAGUAGAGUGCUGUCCUAACUGCCGAGGUACUGGAAUGCAAAUAAGGAUUCAUCAGAUAGGACCAGGAAUGGUUCAGCAAAUUCAGUCUGUGUGCAUGGAGUGCCAGGGCCAUGGAGAGCGGAUCAGUCCUAAAGAUAGAUGUAAAAGCUGCAAUGGAAGGAAGAUAGUUCGAGAAAAGAAGAUUUUAGAAGUUCAUAUUGACAAAGGCAUGAAAGAUGGCCAGAAGAUAACAUUCCAUGGUGAAGGAGACCAAGAACCAGGACUGGAGCCAGGAGAUAUUAUCAUUGUGUUAGAUCAGAAGGACCAUGCUGUUUUUACUCGACGAGGAGAAGACCUUUUCAUGUGUAUGGAUAUUCAGCUUGUAGAAGCAUUGUGUGGCUUCCAAAAGCCAAUAUCCACUCUUGACAACCGAACCAUAGUUAUCACCUCUCAUCCAGGUCAGAUUGUCAAGCACGGAGAUAUCAAAUGUGUGCUAAAUGAAGGUAUGCCAAUAUAUCGCCGACCAUAUGAAAAGGGACGCCUAAUCAUCGAGUUUAAGGUAAACUUUCCCGAAAAUGGCUUUCUCUCUCCUGAUAAACUCUCUUUGCUGGAAAAACUCCUUCCUGAGAGGAAGGAAGUAGAAGAGACUGAUGAAAUGGAUCAGGUAGAACUAGUGGACUUUGAUCCAAAUCAGGAAAGACGGCGCCAUUACAAUGGAGAAGCAUAUGAGGAUGAUGAGCACCAUCCCAGAGGUGGUGUUCAGUGUCAGACCUCUUAAUGGAGCAGUGAAUAUUACUUACUGCUGGCACUGCAUAUGCAGUAGUGAAUGAGUGAAGAACUGUAAUCAUAUGCUCACUACUUGCUAUUGUUUUUGUGUUAAUAUUCAACUAUAGUAGUGUUUAAAAGUUAAAUGAAGAAUAAACAAAUACAAAAGCUGA